GGUCUGAGUGAGUGUCUCAGGCAGCACCAUGGACAUUAAACUGCUCCAAGUGGCUCUCGCCAUCUCCUUGUCUGUCUCCAGCUCUUCCUGUGUGGAAUUGAUAACUGCCCUGUCUGGCUGCUGGGCGAACGAACUCAAUUCUACAAUGCAGAUCAAGGUGUCCGACUCCGGGUUAAUAACUGGUUUGUACUUCUCCAAAGUGUCAGCAUCGGCACAGCCUGCAAAAGGGACUGUCACUGGGUAUCAGCAAGAUCUCGGCAAUCCCACCUUUGGGUUUGUAGUGAAAUGGAUCACAGUCCCAGGCAGUAUCAGCGUCUGGACUGGACAGUACUUCAUCAUUAACGAAAAGGAGACUUUGAUGACCAUGUGGUUACUCAGGCGAAGUGUUUCGACUUCAAAAGACAACUGGGACGCAACCUGGACUGGGAUGGAUGUGUUCCAUCGUAACAACAAGGCUUGUAAACAUGACGACGGUGGGACUGUAUCUCCGGACGCUGGAUCUGGCACAGGCUCCAAUGAAUUCAAAUCUUUCUGUGGAUUCCCUGAACCCGGGAAGGUCUCUCAUCCCCCAUAACAGAAGUUCAUUAAAGAACCGAGUGGUUAAAUA